GCAGUCGUUCUUCAUCAGUCAUUGAGUCGGAUUUGUUCAGUAGACGGAAGAGAGUACACUCAGCUUUUCUCCGGAGCGGAGUGAACCAGAAUUUUAUCAAACGUCUGCGUCUUAUCGGCUAGUUGCCACUUAAUUUUAAAUAACCCCCCUUGGCCUAAUAAGAAUCAGGUUUAUCGAUCGUGGAAGACAGUUGACAGUUACGGUUAUCUUCAAUUGUGCGCCUUUGAAGGUGGUGUCGAUACACGCAAUUCCUCAAGAGUGCUACGUGGUGUAUUUUUGAAGUCAUUUGAGUGCAGUGAACAUUUAAACUUUUGAGACAGUUUUGUAAGAAUGGCAGCAGCAAUGGAGCUCCAGGAUCAGGGUGUUUCCCCGUCGCUGAUUCGGCUGUGGUCUCGUCGCAUGACCCUUGCUGGCGAGGAACUAGACCUCGGGCUGCUGGACGACUUGUACAACCAAGCAGAGGACAUAGACGAGUCAGUGGCGAAGAGCGGUCGCUGCAGCCCCUGCUUCCAGUACCACCAGGUGUGCGAGAGCGACCUAAGCGAUGUGGAGCUCCCUGAGGAGGCGGUCGCGCCCAGGAAGCUGCGCGGUGAGGUGCACCUGUGUCUGGACGGCGCGAUGGUGCGGGACGUCCCCGCGCGCUACACCGUGCCCGCGCCCUUGGAGCACGAGUUCCUGGCCGUGGGCGUGUGGCUGGACCCGCGCAUAGCCCCUGGCUUCCGCUACCGGGUCAGGCCGGUGCAGGAGCAGGACCAGUGCAACGGCCUGAUGAAAUCGAGCCACUUCUUCGGGGGCAGAGCCCUGACGCUGCAGAGCAUCGGCAGGGGCUACGCUCGCCGCGUCACCUUCCAGCCGGACACGGACCACUUGAACGACAACGCCAACUUCUUCUGGACGGACUCCUGGCCGCUGGGAUUUGCCUUUGAGCUGGUCGUGACGGCGGUGGGGGACAAGUUCACACUGCUGGACGCCAACCACAUCCCCGCCGGUACUCUCGAAAUACUGGAGAACAUGGCCUCUCAGGAAGAGAUGAGUCAUGUUGUACUUCCGGGUGGUUCUGUGGAAAAGACUGUCAAGCUGAGAAUACUGUGCAAAGUGGAAUGGUUUGACGGCCGAAACGCCGAGGUUGCUCCGGUGAGCGGAGUGGCGAUGGUGGUCAAGCCGCGAGGCGAGUCCGCGGCCUCGGUGUCCCGCGUCACCAAGGUCAGCAUCGGCGCCCAGAAGCGAGGCUACAUCCUCACACCCGGCGUGAACGACAAGUGCAGGCGCGUCACCGUCCGAGGCAGGGCCAUCGGGGACAUCCCCACCCAGUACACGGUCACCGGUCUGGACGCCUACGAGAUGCCCGUCAUCGGCACGUACGUGGACCCGCGGAUCCUUCCCGGCUUCCACUACAGGGUCCGGCCGGCCGGCAGCAAGCGCCACCUCUUCGACGGCAGGCCGCUGAAGCUCGCGAGCAUCGGCGCCGGGUACGGCAAGAGGCUCACCUUCGCGCCGGACGAGAACGCCCUGAACACGCCUACCAACUACUUCUGGAGCGACUCGUACCCCGACGGGCUGGGGUUCGAGCCCCGGGCGGUGAUGGUCGGAAUGAAGUUCGAGAUCUUCACGGGCGGGCAGAACAUCGGAGAAGCGACCGUGUUCAGAACUGACCUGCCCCAGGUGGAGGUGAAGCAAGAAGUGGUGAGGGACGAGGAGGGGCGUGCCACGGCGGUGAAGCACAUCCUGGUGGACGUGACGUGCCACGUGCGGCUGCGCACGGAGACGCGGGAGCACGCGGAGGACAUGCGCGUGUCUGGCACGGCCGUGGCGGAGCGCGGCCCGGGCCAGCCGUGCGCCGUGCUGCGCCGCGUGCAGGACAUCGGCCUGGACUCGCAGCUCAACGUGCUGUUCCUCGCGCGGCAGGCGGAGCUGGUGUUCCUGCCGCUCUGAGCGCCUCGCCGGUGCCGUGUUGCGUUUCCAUAGCAUCAUUACCGUUUAGAAACAAACUUGCGAUUGAGAUCGGAGACUCCACAAUCUAUCAUUUAAGUGAAUUCCCAAAAUUCUAGCACCUUCAUGCAUGUAUUAGAAAAGGUUUAGUUGAAGAAAAUAUUUUGCUUUGCGAUUUUUUUUCGAUGAGCCGUGCAGGCAGGGCCGCAACUAGAGUCUCUGGCACCCGGGGCAUGAAUGGAUUCAUGCGCCCGCCCCCCCUCUUGUUUUUGCACAUACCACACCAAUAAAGCAGGGGGUCUGGGGGCUCUCCCACGGAAAAAUGGUGCUAUUUAAGCAUUUUCCAUACCUACAUGUAACAGUUUCUGUGCUACUGUAACUUCCAUGCAUGAACCCACUAUGUCUAUAAAGUAGUCCGUAUAAUCACUAGACUUGUUCAUUAAAUAUGUUGAGACGUUAUAUUGUAAAUCAGAUUAGACAUUCCUGGCAUGCAAGUUAAAAAACUUUUUACCAGUUACCAGUUGUAGUAGGAAUUACAAUGCAAGCGAUUUCGGCGCCCCCACAGCUUUGCGCCCGGGGCGUAUUCACCACUUACCCCCCCCCCCCCCCCUAGUUGCGGCCCUGCGUGCAGGAUGUAGAGGUUCGGAGGCACUCCGCUGAAACGCCGGGAAUCUUCACAUUUCUGGAACAUUAGAGGAUAAACACCUGUAAACUUAGCGUAUAUUUCCUGUGAGUGCAUCGUGAUUUUGCACGCUUGCAGUAUUAAAUUUUUUUCAGUUGCACCAGAAGUCUGAAAGUAUCUAAAAAAAAAAGUUUUUUAAUAUUUAUUAAUUAUUUAAGUAGCUUGUGUUAUGUAAAUAACUGUAGGAUUUUGAGAACUGUCCUGUUAAUUUUACUCAAAAGUUUGCAGCAAAAUGUGAAUCUUAAUGUGAAAUGUGCACUGGUUUGCUAUUCUUCUCGAAACAGUAUACUGUAGUUUCAAGGCAAGGUAACAGAUAAAUGCCAAAUUUACAUGGCUCAAAGCAAACCAUACCUGCUUAUUCUUAAAUUGUCUGAGCUACAUUUUAUUUAUGUAGAUGCAUGGAAUGGUGUGAAAUGUCAAUAUUUUACACACAUGUGGUUUCAAAAUCAUUCAUUCCUACUGACCUAUGCACGAGAGAUUAGCUUAUUUUUAUCAAUUUUUUUUAGAGUAAGUGGUUAAUUAUAUUCAUUUGGGUAUUUUGUACUGGUAUAUUUUAAUGUAUCGAAUGUUUUAAAAUUAUUUUAAAAUUUGUAAUAAUUUUAUAAUUCUGUUUAAUGUAUAUUAUUUUAUACCAAAUAAAUUUAAAAGAUAUGCUUUUUAUAUAUUAUGUCUUUAAUGAAAUCUCUUUACCUUCUACUUUCCUGCAUUAUCAGGUAGAAAUAUUAAUAUUUGAUUAGCCACAACAUUGAAUUUCUUUGACUUCAGUGCGAUUUACAUUUUCAUAACUAUUCAUCCACUUUUAUAGAAACCUUCACGAAGCCUAGAGUUAAAAAGGAACUUGUGCCUACCUUUGAAUAAUUACACCAAAAACAGCUAACGCACACUCAUACUUUAAACAGAACUUUCACCUCUAUUUGUGGCUUUGUUGUUCAUUCUAAUUAAAAAUUGGUUAGUCAGUCCUGAAAAAAACUGUGUAUCACUUUCUUAAAAGUUAAAGGACCUGAUCUUUUAAGACAAAAAAUGACAAUUUAAUGAAUUUAACAUAUUUAGCCGGCAACUGCAUUUCACCAUCACAAAAUCUUGGGAAAAUAAAUAACGUCACUCUUAUUAAUCUCAGAUUUUGUUUUUUGAAAGUAAAUUUUUUUCCGACCUUGAGCUUCGAUACAUAGUUCUGUUUGUUCUCAUUGUUAUUUUACUAGGAUUCAAAUGCAAAUAAUCUUAAAAAGCAUGCGAGCAGUCAUGAAAAAUGAGAAGCCAAAUUGAAAUCACCAAUAUGAAAAGCACUUUGCACACUACAAGUGAUGUGAAACAGAUUACACACGAGCACAUAUUUGGCAGUAACAUUUAAGCCCUACCAAUAAUUUCUAAUAUAAACCAACCAAAUUCAACAAAAAUUUUUAGUGGUUCCUGUUACGUGAUAAAAUGAUUUCAGUGCAUCUUAUACCAUGUUGGUUCAUGUCCUAAAUACAAUGGUUGUAUAGGGAUUCUACUGAAAACAAUAUUCGAGCAGAAUGUGUAAUGCUUAUUGGGUUUCUGUUUUCCACUUUCUUUUUCCAUGUGCUGCAAAGUUAGUUGGAGUAUACAUAUACACUUAUACAUUUAGGGAAAUAUACAUAAAAUAAAUAAUCAAUUUUAAAAGUUUAACACACUUUGUGCUGGUCUCGGUGAACAAAAUCUUUGAUUCAGAAUUGUUAAUACCCUCUUUUAUUGCAUAAUCGUCGCACCCAUAUUUUAUGCCAUCAAAAUUGGAAUAAAAAAACUUCUCGCAUAAACGUUGCAUGUUUUUGAUCCCGCUAUUAGAUGCCGAGCGCUUUGUUGGGGUAUUUUUUCUGUAUAAAAGAUGUAUUUUUAGUAGAAAUCUAAUAGUUAUUCGGACAUUACCACUUACUUAUUUAAUUAACGAUAAUACGAAAUUGUCUGACGUGUAAAUUUUCUUUUAAAGACUUUUAAAACAUUAUAACCUUCAUCUGUUCGUCUGUGUCGCCACGGUUUACCGCUUACAAAAAUGUACCGCUUACAAAAAUGUAGCCAGCGUUCGGUGCAAUCAUUUAAGUUUUGGUUAUGUUGCUUCCCAUAUAGAGCACGCACACGUAGUUGAAUAUCGAUAUCUUGCCGAUGCAUGCAACGGGCUCUCUAUCAGGUGCCGAAUUAACUACAUUUGAUAGCCCGCAUUCUUUCUUUGUAAACGGCAAUAAUUAUGCGUUGGUUUACGUCACAGAUUCAAGUCGCUUGUGUUCGUGUCACAUAUUUAGUUUUUCUAUUUAAAGUUGAAGAAAGGUUUUUUUUUUAAUGAAUGAUUAAAAUAGUUUGGCAUGCACUUGUAUACUCCACCUUUUUUUAAAUAAUGUACUUUCCAUGAACGGGUUUUGUUUUCAUGAAUAACUUUACCUAACAAAAUUUUUUUUUUUCCCGCAUAAUCGUCGCACCCCUACUUUUUAAACUUGAAUUUAGAAGAAAAUAGCUACGAUUAUGCGAGAAAAAAGUCUCUUUGAAAUGGCAGUUACAUUAAUUCAUAAAUUGUGCAUUUAAUAACACACAGGCUCAAGGAUAUUACUACAGAAGUUCUCUGGAGAAACUUUGGGCACAUGUGGAGCGAACAAAAGUCUUUAUGAAAAUGUUAAAUUAGUCAAAAUUUGUUUUAGCACAACACUUGGAAGAUAUUCACAGAGUUCAGGUAUUUUCAGGGUGGCCACAGACUGUGAAAACUGGAAACAUUCAGGGAAUUUUUUGAGAUAAGCUUGUUUCUGCAUUGUAAUGGUUUCUUCGAUGGUCAGCCGUUAUAAAAACGUUUGUUGAAAAAGAACUGUGCACUGCUUAUUCAAAUCUUGACACAGCUGUAAGGCAAUGCUGCUGCAUAGCACAGGUUCCUUCAAGCGCGAAUGUUGGUUAUCCUGCUGUUGCUUAAUAAACAGACAUCUUAGUGCAUGUGGUUUAAAAGUACAUAUUUUUGUGAAAAAGAUGUUGCGAUUAUCCACAGCAGUUGAAAACCCUAAAAUUAUUUAGGUAAAUUGAUGAGGAAAUGGGAAAUUAUGCUAUGGGAAGAAAGUUGGCAUAUACAAGACGAGAAAGAAAAUAAAUUGGUGGCAGACAUUUUAGUGGCACGUCACUGCAGUAAAUAAAACAUCUUUGGUCUGUACGGUACUCAUUUUUCAUCUGACUUUUUUUUUUUUUACUAAUUUCAUGGUAAACUAUAUCAUUCACAGUUUAAUCCAUAAAUAAAAUAUUUACUGCCUAAUAUCUGUAGACUUGUGUUUACAAUUUACUUUUUGAAUUUUAAAGGUAGUUUUUAAACUUUUAAUAGUUUUCUUGUGGCAAAAAUAUAGUGCUAACGAAAAUAUACCUAACUUGUAGAUGUCUACAAUGGUACUGAGGAUGCUAUAUUUUUUACAGAAAACCUUGAAGGCAUUUUAUAAUAUGGAAUGGUUAUGCAAGUCCAGAACAAAAAAUUAAUAGUUGUAAUAUGGUUCUAAGGUCCAUGUUUAAGCUUGGUACGAGACUUAUAUAUUUUUGGUUAUGAUCUAAAUAUCAGGGGUGCAAGGUUUAUUCAAUAGCACAGCUUACAAAGUUCUAAAAGGAGAACCACUUUUUUGAAGGAAAAAAACCCCUUAAAAACUCCAAAUAGCAUAAUUUUACUUCCUGACAUGUUUUACAAUCAUUCUUUAGGAGGGUGUUGUGAUACAAGUGGUGAGGUCAGGUUACAUAUUACACAUACUGUAAUACUGUGAAAAUGAUCAGUUAGGUUAACUAUAUUAAAAAUCCUGAAAUAUUAUUUAAUGUAGCUAACUUAAACUAACCAAACAUCCUUAAUAUUUUAAGUUUUUUAAGAUCAUAUGUUAACUAGUGUGUUGAUUUUCUACAGCCCACAUAAAUUUUAAUAUUUACAAAAAAAGCUUAAAGGGUUCUAUAAUAUUUUGUAACAUAUGUAUUUUUUUCCAUAAGUCUUUAAAUUAUUUAUAAUAUUUUGCAUUCAUGUAAGCAAAUGAAGUACUUUGCAAUGUUUAGUUGCAUGCAUGACAUAAGUGUAUUUGACGUACUACUGUUAGUUUAAGCUUAGUUUUAGAGUAAUAUUUUUUUAAAAUAAAUUAGUGCCUUUAAUAUAUUUACAGUUAACUGCUAUUGUAUUGCGAGAAUGUUGCUAAUGAGUAAUGUUCAUUCUAAUUAAAUGCUCCUGAAAAUAACUUCUGAAUUUUAUUGAGUUAGCCUGCUACAAUCAUGUUCCUUAAAUUUAAAACUGUCUAUAGUUGUUUGUUGAAAUUCAAAUGAUUAAAGAAACAGUGAACAUUUAGGCUUGCACCCUUAUGGUGAAAAUACAGCUCUGAUUAGUAAUUCUAUGGCCGUUGCUGUUACAAGUGGUAUGGGGUGUGGGGAUGUGCGUUGCUACUCUGUAGUGACCCACAUAAUAUUGUAUGCUUUCAUGUGAAUACAUCACAUGGAUUCUUAUUUUCUCACUACUUUUAACCAUACAACUCAUUUUACCAAAAUAUGUGUCUUAUUUAAAAAGAAAAUUAUCUACAGGCAAUAGGUUUUGUGUUUGUCAUGUUAAAUAAUAAAAAAAUAAAGGUCAGGACAAAAUCACGUAAUAUUAAAACAAGAUACAGUGAAACCUCUUUAAUACAAACCUGAAGGGACCUAAAACUUUGCAGUUUGUAUUAACGAGGUUUGUAUUAACAGGUGCAUAUGCUCACAUUAAUAAUAAUCGACAAAAUCAAGUAUUGAUUUUUUACUCGAAAAUUAGUCAAAUAGAGAAUUAAAGAGGCUUGAAAAAUUCAUUGAUUUUUUUCUGCACUUUUUUAGUUGCAUAAAUGUCCUUUACUGCACUGCAAAGUUUGUCGAAGGAAGACAAGACAUCAGUGUCUACAUCACUAGCAGCCAGAACAUUUUCCAAGACAAUUAAUGCUGAAGAAGCUUCAUUUCUGCUUGGAAGUUCGUGAACAUCGUCAUCCACAUCAUCACUCUCUUCUUCUUCUCCAUCUUCACAUACAACUGGAACAACUUUGUCCAGCUCACUUUCACAUUCAUUCACUGGUGCAGCUUUUGUAUACACAUUAUCAUCAACAUGAACAUAAUCUUUGAAGUUGCCAGAAGCACCAUGUUGCUGAAGUUCUUCCCAGCCUUCCACUAGGUCUGAACCAUGGAGUUCAGAAGUUAGGGAGUAGGUGUGUGUAAUCUCUGCUGUGUUAACAGUUGAAGUCAAAACAAAAAACGACCACGCCCCCUUGUGAGAGCAAAACAUCACUGGUUGCAAUGCAUUUAAAUGCAGAAUACUGUAUUUUGUUAAUCCGAUAUUAGCUACCAACGGCGUAUAUGUGCAAGUUUAUCUUGUUAAGAUUAUGAAAUGAAAUAUAAUGUUGUGUUGCAAGACUGUAA